ACAACAUGCUUCAUCACUGGAACAUGGAUGUGAGGAGUAUUGUGGGGGUGCUUGUUUGUUUGUCUCUUGGCCAGUGUGCUUCAGUUCCUGAGUUUCGUGGGAUAUUACCCAAUGAGAGCCUUCCGUUGGGGCCGGUGGCAGAGCCCGAUUUGUCCUAUUGUCAGUACAUUCUGGAAGCUCCGGUUCCGCCCACAGCGGAUCAGGUACCGUGGUACUGCAUCUGUUCUGCAUGCUCCGGGCAAAAAGGGCCGAAAGGAGAUAAAGGUGUCCGUGGACUACCAGGAAGUCCUGGUAGUCCAGGUCCGAGAGGCCUCACUGGGCCUCUUGGCCGUCCGGGGUUCACAGGACGUCCCGGCUUGAAGGGUGAGAAAGGUGAAGUGGGGGACAAGGGUGAAAUAGGUCCCAUUGGACGCCCAGGUCUGAAGGGAGACCGUGGGUUCAAAGGUGAGAAGGGUGACCCUGGUCAGAGUGGUCUUGUGGGUGAGCCGGGUCCAAAAGGAGAGGACGGCCAGUGCCCAGAAACCUGUGAGCCCCUACCAGGACCGCCAGGUGAAGCGGGUCUUCCUGGCCCUGCAGGUCCAAGAGGGUUACCUGGGCUAAACGGAGAGGCUGGUCCUAAAGGUCUGAAGGGCGAUCUGGGCGUGGCAGGCGUGCCUGGUAUUCAAGGUGUAUCUGGGCAAAAGGGUGACCAGGGGCCACAGGGCCUGUGCAACUGUCAGGAUGGGGCUCCGGGGAUGCAGGGUCCUCAGGGGCAAAAGGGCAACAAAGGAGACACGGGUGCAACAGGACCACAGGGUCCAGGUGGAGCAACGGGACCCAAAGGCUCUCAGGGCAAUACAGGAUUCACGGGUUUGCCCGGACCUUGCUCGCCCACUGUGCAAUCGGCUUUCUCAGCCGCCCUAACCACCUCUUUUCCGCUACCCAAUCGUCCAGUGCCAUUCAAACGCGUCAUCUACAACCUGCUCCAGAACUACAACCCCGAAAAUGGCGUCUACAUAGCCCCCGUUAAUGGAACCUACGUGUUUAGCUACAACCUGCAAGUGUCCACCCGUCCGCUGAAAGUAGGACUCUUCGUCAACUUUGAGUCGGUGGUGAAGACGACUACACCAAUGGAACUGAACAUCGCUUCUCAGCAGGUAGUGCUGAACCUGAGCCAGGGCGACUGGGUGUGGCUGCAGGUGCGAGACACCACCACUAAUGGCGCCUUCACCAGCAUCGAGUCCAGCAGCACAUUCAGUGGGUUUCUGCUUUACCCAGAUAGAUGUGAUGACCUGGCUCCAAGAGAUUUCAAUGUGCCUGAGAUAAUUGGAGAGUUCACCUGGGGAGAGAUAGAGAAACCUACCACAACUCCACCCUAAACUCUAAACCUACAGUCUAAAUCUUAACUCUAAACCUACACUCUACAUUCUAAAAUUGCAUUCAGACUCUAAACCUUCACUUCUAAACAUGCACUCAGACUCUAAACCUACACUCUAAACUUGCAUUCAGACUCUAAACCAAUGCUUGCCAUUCUAAACUUGUGCUGCAACUCUUAAGCUACACUUUCAAUCUUGAACUCAAACUCUAAUCCUAAAGUACGCACUGCAUUUUAAACUUGAGUUAAAACUAGGGCUGUCAAUCAAUUACCAUUUUUAAUCAAAUUACAUGAUGUGCUGAUUAAUUAAUCAAAUUAUAGCGACCACGAGGAGGUUACCCCAUGUGACUCUACUGUCCCUAGCAACCGAGCCAAUUUGGUUGCUUAGGAGACCUGGCUGGAGUCACUCUUUUUUUACUGUUGGUCUAUGUACUCAUAUGUCCAACAGAUGCUUGGUUGCUUCGCGUCUCACUAGUAUUUUUAGCACCUCUAGUCAUAAGAGCUGUGUUUUGAGGACGUUGUCUCAAGUUCAAAGUAGUUUGAAACUUUUAAAAAUGCAUCUCAAAAUUCCUUCUGUUGUGCUUAAUCGAGCUGUCUUUGAGCACAAAAUUGUGUCUGUCUAUGGAAGGCUGAGCUGCCUGUUGUGCUCGUUGAUUUGACGAGGCGUGUUGUCUGUACAGCUGGUGCGCUGACUGCCCCCUGCUGCAACAAGGUGGUACAUCAAGCUUGAACUGUUCUGUUGGUAGGAACAUUAUUUACAUAGAGGUUGGGGGUAUGAUUAAUUAUGUUAUUUUUAAUAUAAUCAAUCACACUAAAUUAAAACUUUAAACUGACAGCCCUUGUUAAAAUGCUCAACCUACACUCUACAGUACAUUCUAAACAAAUGCUCAGACUCUUUACCUAUACUUUAAAUCUCCUCCCUAUAGGUGACACUCUAGUCCUAUUCUCUAAACCUGCUGCCAAAGAAUAUUAAUAUUCCAAAACAUCUUGUUCUCAAACUUGUUCCUUAAAUUUUCAACCUAAAACCCCAAACCUUUAACCCUGAUAACCCUGAGAGCCAAAGUGUUUUUUAGUCUUCUGUGUUACAUGUAGCUUCCAUUGAAAACCUCUGGAUGUAGCUUGUGAACCUGAAAGAAGAGCUUUCUCUUUCUCAUGUUUUGAAUGCAUUAGUUCUCCAGGUGUAUGUGUGCUCUGCAUGUCUUGUAAUUUGAUUAACCACACGGUGUCUCUAUCAAUACGCAGUGAGGUACUGUAGAUCAGUUGAGCUCCCUUGACAGACACGUUUUUAGCCAAACCUUUGAUAAGAAUGUAAAAUAAGCAGAAAUGCACCAAUCAGCUAUUGCAUUUCGCCCCAGCUAUUUAGCACAUACACAGCAGUUAAAAGUGUAAAUGAGAAUGCUCAGGAUAGAUGAGCAGACAGAAGAGGUACUUGAGAGAUUAGAGAGAGGUGUUGUCUUACAAAUAAGAGAAGUGUUUAACACCUGUUUAAUAAUGAGAUUGAGAAAAAGAUUAAUAGUCUCUGUAUUUGGGGUUUUAAUCUUUGAUGUUUAAUGAUUAUUCAGACACGCUUCACUGUCUCAGCUUUAAUAUAUUGAUGAUUUAACAUGACAAAACAAUUCUGCUCAUGUUCUGUGUAUCAAUUGUCCUCUCUAAAAAUAAUUUCCAAUAAAUUGUAAACGAUUAAACAGACUACUUGUAUCUCAUUCACAGUUUAUCACUCAAAGCAGUGGUUCUCAAACUUUAAAGACCAGGUGCACUGCUGAAAAAGACAUUGUAAACUGGUUUGCUGGUUUUAGCUGGUCUCCCAGCGUGACCAGCUACACAGUACCAAAACCCCUCUAAAACCAGCCAGCAGACCAACCUGACCAGGAUUUAAGAUGUUGUACCAGUAGGUAGCAUGUCUGAACAAAUUUGAGCACAACUACCAACGAGUCACCACAUGGAAAAUAUUAAAAAGAAGAUACUUCUACUCAUGUAGCCAGUACAUACUUACAUUUCAAUGUAUUCAUUUGCAUAUUUCAUUUAUACAUUUCAGUUGCAAACACUCAAAACCAAAAGAGAUGCCUUAAAGUAUACUGCUUAUAUUGGCAGCUUCCUUUUAAGGCAGCAUCCUAACUGAAAAGGAACCUCAUUUGCAACUGAUUUUAAGUGAUCUACAUAGGCAGCAACUACACAAAUAGUGCAGUUUUAUACUACCAACCUGUUUUGCAACAGAGCUAAUGUCUUAGCUCUAAUGUCAGUCAAGUUAUUAUGUUUAUGAACAUAAAGGUAGCAAGAUUAAUGGUUUGGUUUACUGUCCGCACUGCAAAUUUGGUUUACAGUCUGUACUGCUGCCAUAAGAAUGUGGGUUACACACUAGAGUCUAAUAAUGAAAAGUGCAGUUAUAUUAAAAUUAAAAUACAGUGUAUUCAGACCCCUUCAUUUUUUUCACAUUUUGUUGUUGUCCUGUUGGAAGGUGAACCUUCGGCCCAGUCUGAGGUCCUGAGCGCUCUGGACAAGGUUUUCAUUAAGGAUAUCUCUGUAUUUUUCAGCGUUCAGAUUAUCUUCAACCCUGACCAAUCCCCAAGUCCCUGCCUCUGAAAAACACACCCACAGCAUGAUGCUACCACCACCAUGCUUCACCGUUGGGAUGGUAUUGGGCAGGUGAUGAGCGGUGCCUGGUUUCCUCCAGACAUGACGCUUGGAAUUGAGGCCAAACAUUUCAAUCUUCAUUUCAUCAAACCAGAGAAUCUUGUUUCUCACAGUCUGAGAGUCCUUUCCGUGUCUUGCACUGAGGAGAGGCUUCCGUCUGGCCACUCUGCCAUAAAGCCCAGAUCGGUGGAGUGUUGCAGUGAUGGUUGUCCUUCUGCAAGUUUCUCCCAUCUCCACACAUGAUCUCUGGAGCUCAACCAAAGUGACCAUCGGCUUCUUGAUCACCUCUCUUACCAAGGCCUUUCUCCCCCGAUUGCUCAGUUUGGCCAGGGCGGCCAGCUCUAGGAAGAGACCUGGUUGUUCCAAACUUCUUCCAUUUAAGAAUUAUGGAGGCCACUGUGCUCUUGGGAACCUUCAAUGCAGCUGAAAUUUUUUGUAGCCUUCCCCAGAUCUGUGUCUCGACACAAACCUGUCUCUGAGCUCUGCAGGCAGUUCCUUUGACCUCAUGGCUUGGUUUUUGCUCUGAUAUGCAUUUUCAGCUAUAUGACCUUAUAUAGACAGGUGUGUGCCUUUCCAGAUCAUGUCCAAUCAAUUGAAUUUGCCACAGGUGGACUCCAAUCAAAGUGUAGAAACAUCUCAAAGAUGAUCCAGAGAAAUGGGAUGCACCCGAGCUAAAUUUCAAGUAUCAUAGCAAAGGGUCUGAAUACUUAUGUCAAUGUGACAUUUCAUUUUUUUCUUUUUAAUAAAUUUGCAGUUAUCAAAAAUCUGG